UGGAAUUGCUGCUGCCACCACCACCCCCCAUGGCCUACAUACCAGGUGGAGCUGCCCCAGCGUCCGGGGCAGCACCUGUGGGCACCCAGCAUUGCGUGUGCAAGGUGGAACUGUCAGUGAGUGGCCAGAACCUGCUGGACCGGGAUGUCACCUCCAAGUCCGACCCUUUCUGUGUCCUCUUUACAGAGAAUGAUGGCAGGUGGAUGGAGUACGAUAGGACAGAAACGGCGGUGAACAACCUCAACCCUGCGUUCUCCAAGAAGUUCGUCCUUGACUACCACUUUGAAGAGGUGCAGAAGCUCAAGUUUGCCCUGUUUGACCAGGACAAGUCCAGCAUGCGGCUAGAUGAACACGACUUCCUGGGCCAGUUCUCCUGCAGCCUGGGCACGAUCGUCUCCAGCAAGAAGAUGACUCGCCCUCUGCUGCUACUGAAUGACAAGCCCGCAGGGAAGAGCCUGAUUACGAUCGCCGCUCAGGAGCUGUCAGACAACCAGGUCAUCACGUUGAGUCUGGCUGGCAGGAAGCUGGACAAGAAGGACCUCUUUGGGAAAUCAGACCCGUUUCUUGAGUUUUAUAAACCAGGAGAUGACGGCAAGUGGAUGCUGGUCCACAGGACCGAGGUGAUCAAGUACACCCUGGACCCUGUGUGGAAGCCCUUCACUGUGCCGCUGGUGUCCCUGUGUGAUGGGGAUGUGGAGAAGCCCAUCCAGGUCAUGUGUUACGACUAUGACAAUGAUGGGGGCCAUGACUUCAUUGGAGAGUUCCAGACCACAGUGUCACGGAUGUGUGAGGCUCGGGACGGCAUCCCGGUGGAGUUUGAGUGCAUCAACCCCAAGAAGCAGAAGAAGAAGAAGAACUAUAAAAACUCAGGCAUCAUCAUCCUGCGGUCCUGCAAAAUAAACCGGGACUACUCUUUCCUGGACUACAUCCUGGGAGGCUGCCAGCUCAUGUUCACUGUUGGGAUAGACUUCACAGCGUCCAAUGGGAACCCCCUUGACCCUUCCUCUUUGCACUAUAUCAACCCCAUGGGCACUAACGAAUACCUGUCGGCCAUCUGGGCGGUCGGACAGAUCAUUCAGGACUACGACAGUGACAAGAUGUUUCCAGCUCUGGGAUUUGGGGCCCAGCUACCUCCAGACUGGAAGGUCUCGCACGAGUUUGCCAUCAAUUUCAACCCCACCAACCCCUUCUGCUUAGGCGUGGAUGGCAUCGUCCAAGCAUACUCAGCUUGUCUGCCACACAUCCGCUUCUAUGGUCCCACCAACUUCUCCCCCAUCGUCAACCAUGUGGCCCGGUUUGCCGCUCAGGCCACGCAGCAGCAGACAGCCACGCAAUACUUCAUCCUCCUCAUCAUCACGGACGGUGUCAUCAGUGACAUGGAGGAGACCAGGCACGCUGUGGUGCAGGCUUCCAAGCUGCCCAUGUCCAUCAUCAUCGUGGGUGUGGGCAAUGCCGACUUUGCGGCCAUGGAGUUCCUGGACGGGGACAGCCGCACGCUGCGCUCCCACACGGGUGAGGAGGCGGCCCGGGACAUUGUGCAGUUUGUGCCCUUCCGUGAGUUCCGCAAUGCAGCAAAGGAGACCUUGGCCAAAGCUGUACUGGCAGAGCUGCCCCAACAAGUUGUGCAGUAUUUCAAGCAUAAAAACCUGCCCCCCACCAACCCGGAGCGCGCCUGAGUGCCAGCCGCACCUAGCAGCAUGCCGCCUCAGCCAGCCAGCCUCCCUCCCCCGAGAACAUGCACGCUCACCCUGCUUUCUGUGAGUGGCCUUUUU